CAGGAUGGUUUGCAACGCUGUCCAGUGCACCCAGACCUCCAGCAAUGGCGGCCAGCACAGCGGGUGACGGCAGUGCAGCCACUCCCGCUCAGCAGCCUGCUGCGCCCUCAGCCCCUGUUGCGGCUGAACCCCCUCCGACAAAGCAGAACGGCAAGCAACCAGAAGCGGCAGCGCAGCACACUGACUUUGACGAUGACGAUGGGAUGUGCGUGGUCUGCAUGGAGCACCCCUGUGAAGCAGGAUUCCUCCACGGCGAAAGUGUGCACAAGUGCUGCUGCCGGGAGUGCGCGCGCGCCAUCAAGCAGUCCCAGAAGACCCCUCUCUGCCCAAUGUGCAGGGCACCAAUUGACGGCUUUAUCAUGAACUUCUACUAGAGGAGUGGAUAAGAUGCGUAUUGUGCCUUUUGGGGCGAAGGGCGGUGAUGACAUUCCAAGCAAGAUCAUGGCGGAUUUGCUGCACCCGAGGCUCCAAUAACAUAUUUGCCCUUUUGUAUCUUGUGUACUUGCAUAGCUAUAUGUGCAUUGUUGUAGGCUUAGGUAUAAGCUUGAUUGACUCGCUCUGUUACAUUCCAUGAUUUCAUAGCCUGGAGAGACCAGCCACUGGCAGGAAGUCGACUCAUAAGUCGUAAUUACUAAGUUAGAGAAUAGUCCUUCCCUGAAGCAUUUGGACCAAAGUCUUGUGUGCUUGUGGUGUUUACCAUCUUGGAUUCUGUCAAUGUCAACAUCAGAAGGUGACUGGUGGAAUCUUUUAUAU